CCACUUUUCAAUUAUUACCUAGUCGUCGUCGCACAGGUCUCAAGUAUUCCAAUAACACAGGCAUCGAUAUCAGUUUGUGCCGUCAAUUACCAUGGAACCUGGUUAUCCAGUCGAAGACAUUGCCCCGAUCGCCAUCCUCAUGGAUGAACUGCGCUCAGAAGACGUGCAGUUGAGGCUCAACGCAAUCCAUAGCAUUCCAACCAUCGCAUUGGCGCUCGGUCCCGAUCGUGCUCGAGAUGAACUAAUCCCUUUCCUUCAAGACUCGGUUGAUGACGAGGAUGAGGUCUUGCUCGCGCUGGCUGAGGAGCUCGGGCGAAACUUUGAAGAAUACAUUGGCGGAAGUGAAUACGCCCAUAUUCUUCUUGGUCCCCUGGAGAAUUUAUCGGCUGUGGAGGAAACGCUCGUGCGCGAUAAAGCCGCCGAAUCGAUUACCAAAGUGGCUGCCGUCCUUUCACAAAAACAAAUCGAAGACUACUAUAUCCCACUGGUGAAGAGGCUUUCGCAGGGUGAAUGGUUCACAUCGCGAACAUCAUCUGCGGCUCUCUAUGCUGCUGUCUAUCCCAAAGUUUCUUCCACUAUCCAAGACGACCUUCGAAAGGGAUUCCUUGCUCUGGGUUCCGAUGACACCCCCAUGGUCCGACGUGCCUCUGCCAAGUGGUUAGGACCUCUCGUCGCCCAUUUCUCCCAACAACACGUCCUGUCCGAUGGCCUGCCGAUUUAUCGUAGGCUCCAAUCUGACGACCAAGACUCCGUCCGACUUUUGACCAUUGAAGGCUUGAUUGCCAUCGCAAAGAGAAUCACCCCUGCAGAGGUCAAGGAACACCUGCUGAAACAAAUCAAGCAAAGCGUCGGGGAUAAGAGCUGGCGUUUGGCCAGUGCUGUGGGUGCCGAAGUCACUCGCGAAGAAUUGGUGGCCCUUUAUGUCAAUCUGCUAAAAGACAACGAAGCAGAGGUUCGCACGGCCGCUGCAACACAAAUUCCAGGAUCAGGAUUCUCCAGCUUUCUUGAGAAAGAAGUCAUCCUCGCAAGAAUCAUACCUUGUGUCAGGGACAUGUCACAGGACGCAUCUCAGCAUGUCAGAGCAGCUUUGGCCAAGGAGAUUAGCGGCGUUGCCCCCCUCCUUGGACGAGAGGCAACGAUCGAGCACCUUCUCCCUCUGUUUCUGCACCUGCUCAAGGACGACUUCCCCGAAGUCCGCUUGAAUAUCAUCAGCAAGCUUGAGACUGUCAACAACGUCAUUGGUAUCGAGCUCCUUUCCGAGAGCCUUCUCCCUGCAAUCGUUGAGCUUGCGGAAGACAAGUCGUGGCGUGUCCGACAAGCAAUCAUCGAAUACAUCCCUCUCCUUGCCAAUCAACUGGGCAAGCCCUUCUUUGAUGAACAGUUGGGUAACCUGUGCAUGUCAUGGCUCGGCGAUACUGUGUACAGUAUUCGAGAGUCUGCAACUGUCAACCUCAAGAAGUUGACUGAUGUAUUCGGCGUUGAGUGGGCAAAGACUUCCAUCGUUCCCAAGGUCAUGGGCAUGGGCUCACAUACCAAUUACCUUUUCCGAAUGACCACAGUUCAGGCGAUCACGACCAUUUCACCCUCAUUAACCCUCGACAUCAUCCAGUCUGACGUGAUCGGACCCCUCCUUGAGCUCUCCAAAGAUCCCAUCCCUAAUAUACGGUUCAAUGUUGCGAAGGCUCUGGAGGUCAUCGCCACUUCCCAUGGAAACACCCCGGAGGGCCGCAAGUUUGUAGCGGAAUGGAUCGUUCCUGCAUUGGAACGCCAGAAGGGUGAUACGGACGCUGAUGUUCGGUACUUUGCGACGCGCGGGCUUCAAAAGGCAGCUACAACUUCGGCUUGAAAUCGUGAGAUAUAAUCAUAGUGUCCCCUUGGAGGUAUAUUUGUGUAAUAAUUACAGCGUUACCCGCAGAAUAGAGUGAUUUCUUUGUUCUCGU